UGUUCCUCAUCUGUAAAUUUAUUUAUGAAGAAUAUCUGACAGGGACUAAACAAGCCUAGGUGGCUCUAAUGAUGCAACUCUCAGAAUCUGAGCGUGAGGCCAUCUGUGUGCCAGGGUGGGUGCGUGUAUGUGGCAAAGGACAUAAGAGCUGAGGGUCAGUGGUGACCCCUCCCACGCAGAGGACCCCCCCCCCUUGCUCUCUGCGUGCGUGUGUGACAAGACUUAAAGCUGGACAUAUACCUCACGCGUUCUUUUAAAAGCAGACGUCAUCUCGGGGUAAGAAUCACAGCUCUCCAGAAUUUCGACUCACUUUUGUUACAAAUCCAGCUGUAUUUCCAAACUUGAUAAUUUUCUUUAAACAAGUAUUAUUUUGAAUCAUGUCCGACUUUACAGGAAGACCUGCAGCUAUAAGUUCUCAGGUUCUGUCCACGUUGUUCGAUCGUAAGUAAAUACAAUUCUCAAAUUCUCUUUCUCUAGUCAUAUACUGAAUAUAUAUAUGUAUAUACAGAAAUGCAUCAUGCUUAAUAAUGAUUUUCUUAUUUUUAGGGGCAGUCUCAGAAGAUCCAAACAUUGUCUUAGAGUCGGAAUUUAUAAGCGGUAAGUUUGUUUUCAGCAUACCUUUUUUUCUUCUUUAACCAGAGUUGUAACAUAAUUUAAAAUAUUAUUUGCUUACAGAUCUUGCCAAUACUCAGGAGACAUACCAGAACCACACAGCAUUAAACAAUACAAUUGAUAACCGGGAGAAUCCUAGGAAGAACCGCUUGUCAUUGAAUAAAAAAAGAACUGACUCUGAAGCUAUCAGAUCAUCACAGCUGGUGAAUACGGCUCUGACACCAUCCGGUUCUGUUCAGACAGGAGUACACAGCAUAACCCGUGAUGAAGACGUAAUUCUCAUCUCGUCUGAAUCGGAAGACGAACCUGUGGCAGACCUGCCUUCAGGGCAGAGAUUUGAUUUCAUCUCCGUCACGCCUCCUCCCACACCACGGCAGGCUGCCAGGGCAAGGCCAGACAUCGAACAGAGAGCAGAACCAGAACCUGAAGCGGAACCGGAACCAGAACCUGAAGCGGAACCGGAACCAGAAGCGCUACCUGAGAGGCCUACUAAUUCUCACCACCCAUCUUCCGGACUCAGGGGCUGGGAGAGGAAGAGGAGAGCACAUAAUCUCCAAUUCAGAACCGUUUUAUUAGAUGGAUUGAUUACAGAAUCUUUCAUGCUGCUGGACAGACCUCCUACGGACAGAGGACGACGACGACAAGCUCUGGCUCGCAACCGAGAACAAGUUAAAAUCCUGCUACAAGCCAGCAGAACAGUGUUGCAUAAUCUUUCCUCCGAUGCAAAGGUGAUUGUGAAAUGAAUCAUGUAUGAUUUGUCUCUUAUAACUCAGUAAAGAAUGGAAGACCAACAAGCUAGAGUUGAAUCAUCUCAAUCAGAUUAUUCCCAACAAAUUUCUAAUUCCAUCCAAACUCUGCAAACACUUGCAUUAGCAUUGAAUACUGGGGGAAAUGACUUUUCACAGAGCCCUGCUCUUAGCCCUGCUAGAUCACCAAUCUCUGAUAUUUUAAACGCAUCUGAAGUCUCAGACUAUUUAAGACAAAUUAACGAUGCAGUCCGCGGUUUAAAUGACUACAUAUCUCCGCAAAACUCACCGGCUGCCUCAUCUGUGUUGGAUGAAACUUUUCAAAAUACAGAAUCUCAAUCAGAUUAUUCCCAACAAAUUAUUAAUUCCAUCCAGAUUCUACAAACAAUCGCUUCAGCUUUGAAUACCGGGGAAAAUAACUUUUCACAGAGCCCUGCUCUUAGCCCUGCUAGAUCACCAAUCUCUGAUAUUUUAAACGCAUCUGAAGUCUCAGACUAUUUCAGACAAAUUAACGAUGCAGUCCGUGGUUUAAAUGACUACAUAUCUCCGCAAAACUCACCCGUUGGUUCACCGGCUACUUCGUCUAGCAUUUCAUUAGAUGAAGGUUUUCAAAAUACAGAAUGUGUGUUACCAUCUGAAACAGUUUCUGCAGCAAAUGAUCAAGCACGGUAGCAACAGCAGCGAGGAGGUAAUCUAGAUCAAAAUCAGAGAAUUGAACGUCAGCGUUUCAAUAACAUUGAAAUAAGGAGAUCGUUAUCAAUCGGGCCUCCAACCCAAGCUGUACCUGACAUUGCUGAAUUCUACACCGCAGUUAUGAAUGUUUUAACUGAUCUGGCAAUUGAUGCAAGAUCAAUAGCUGAACGUAAUGACUUUGUACAGUUAGAAUUAGUGUGGGGUGAUAUUUCUCAUCACAUAAAUAUCUCUGUUACUGAUAACGACGCAAUCCUGCCUGCAUUUGAAGAAUUUUUAGAUGAGCUCGUUCAAUCUAAUGCAGAGCUGCCCUCAGAAAGUAAUUUGGAGCUGAUUCUUCAGAUAGUCAAGAAUCCUACAGGAGGUUCAAAACGCAAGGCUGAAAGAACAUUGGAAUGUGAAUUGAUUAAUAAGAAGAGGCGUCACCUGUAUAUUGUAGAAAAUACAGGAAAUAAAUUGUGUUUUGCUACCAGCCUGGCACAUAUAGCUCACCCUGAAUUUACAGAUAAACAAGCUCUUGAACAGGGAAGAAAGUGGCAGCAUCAGGCAGGUCUAACUGAUCAGACAGCGGUUACAUUCAGCGACGUCGCAAAGUUUGAAAACAUUCUACAAAGAAAAAUUGUAGUGUUUCAUCGAACCUCAAAAGAUAGGGCUUUAUCUAAAUUUGAAACAGAUUUCCAAAAUCGUUCAAAUCCCUGCUUUCUCCUCCUCCAUAAUAAUCACUUCUAUGGCAUUAGGAAUCUUGCAGGUUUUACCGGGUCGAGAUAUAUUUGCAGAUUUUGUUACGGCGGUCAUAAUAAUUCUAACACCCAUCAUUGCCAAGGUUACUGUGGUGUCUGCAGUUGUUACAGUUGCACACAACUGCAGUACAAUCCAGUACAUUGCGAUGACUGUAACAGAAUAUGUCGAAACUCUACAUGCUUCGAUAGGCACAAAGAACCUCGCAACAGACCUCAUGCUGAAAUGCUUGUAAGUGAUUGCGAGACGAUCAAAUUUUGUUCUACGUGUAAAAGGUUGUAUCGCGUUCCUAUGAACAAAGAGAAAACUUUACACAUAUGUGAAUCAAAAUGUGUCAUCUGCGGUGAAAAAAAUCUACCUCCUGGUACAGAUGUAACUCUUAACGAUCAUCAAUGCUACAUUCAAACCAGUACUACUGAUGACAAACUUCAUGACAAACUUGUGUUUUACGAUUUUGAAACCUUUGUAGAUCAGAGCGGCGUACAUAAACCCUUUCUAGUCUGUUCAAAAACUGUGAAAGGUGUUGAAUGGCACGCUUAUGGCCUGGAUUGUGCACAGCAAUUCCUUCUUCAUUUUCGAAGACCAAUGUUUAAGGGACACACCUUCAUCGCACAUAAUGCACGUGGGUUUGAUAGUUAUUUAUUGCUUAACUCUAUGGUGCAGUUAGGUAUCAAGCCUUUUCUAAUCAUGCAAGGAGGAAAAGUUCUUUGUUUUACAGACCCCGAUUACAAAUUGAAAUUCAUUGAUAGCCUGUCAUUUCUGACUAUGAAACUGAGUGCCAUGCCGAAAGCACUGGGCUUCCAUGACCGCUCGAAAGGAUAUUUUCCCCACGAAUUUUCCGCUGAAGAGCAUCUCAAGUAUGUGGGUGUGUUUCCUCCUUUAGAUUCGUACGGCGUCAAACUUAUGAAUCCUGAUGAGAGGCAGAAAAUUACUGAUUGGUACGGUGAAGCAUCCAAAGGCAUUUUUGACUUUGAGAAAGAAUCCCUGCAUUAUUGCAAAAAUGAUGUGGACAUUCUUUUUCAAGGUUGUGUUAAAUUCAGAGAGGAGUUUUUUAAGGAGACAAAUGUGGAUCCCUUUAAGAACAUCACAAUUGCUUCUGCAUGCAUGCAGGUUUUUGUGACCAAUUUUCUUCCAGAGAAAUCCUUGGCGAUCCCAUCCGCUGUAGAUUACAGGCGUGGGUCCAAAACUUUCUCCAAUGCUUCAAUUCAGUGGCUAGAGUGGAAGAUGGACAGUGAGAACUUACAAAUUGAGCACGCGCUAAACUCGGGCGAACGCAAAAUCGGACCCUAUUUUGUCGACGGAUUCGCAGUAAUCUCAGGUUUAGCCACCGUAUUCUCUUUCAAAGGACACAUUUCAGUCUGCUUGAAACACCGAGGGCAGGCAUGAUAAAGACACCCGUUGAAAGAGAAUACGGUGGCUAAACCUGAGAUUACUGCGAAUCCGUCGACAAAAUAGGGUCCGAUUUUGCGUUCGCCCGAGUUUAGCGCGUGCUCAAUUUGUAAGUUCUCACUGUCCAUCUUCCACUCUAGCCACUGAAUUGAAGCAUUGGAGAAAGUUUUGGACCCACGCCUGUAAUCUACAGCGGAUGGGAUCGCCAAGGAUUUCUCUGGAAGAAAAUUGGUCACAAAAACCUGCAUGCAUGCAGAAGCAAUUGUGAUGUUCUUAAAGGGAUCCACAUUUGUCUCCUUAAAAAACUCCUCUCUGAAUUUAACACAACCUUGAAAAAGAAUGUCCACAUCAUUUUUGCAAUAAUGCAGGGAUUCUUUCUCAAAGUCAAAAAUGCCUUUGGAUGCUUCACCGUACCAAUCAGUAAUUUUCUGCCUCUCAUCAGGAUUCAUAAGUUUGACGCCGUACGAAUCUAAAGGAGGAAACACACCCACAUACUUGAGAUGCUCUUCAGCGGAAAAUUCGUGGGGAAAAUAUCCUUUCGAGCGGUCAUGGAAGCCCAGUGCUUUCGGCAUGGCACUCAGUUUCAUAGUCAGAAAUGACAGGCUAUCAAUGAAUUUCAAUUUGUAAUCGGGGUCUGUAAAACAAAGAACUUUUCCUCCUUGCAUGAUUAGAAAAGGCUUGAUACCUAACUGCACCAUAGAGUUAAGCAAUAAAUAACUAUCAAACCCACGUGCAUUAUGUGCGAUGAAGGUGUGUCCCUUAAA